AUGGAUCCGAAGAAAGUGACGUCGCUACAAGGACAAGACAACGACUUUGACAAGAUGGUUGAGUGUGCCAAGUCAUUUCAUAGUGACGGAAGCCCUGACUCCGUUCAUGAACUGCCCGAGUUCUCGAUCCUAUCUAGACACUCGAUCCUAUCUGGACACUUGAUCCACGUCCCGAUGCCCAACCCCGAAGCUGUCUAUUUCAAGGCCAUGAUCGUUGUGGCUGCCUUUUGCGGUGGUGCUGUUGCGCCUCGCCUUCUACCUGACCAUGAAGAGUUCCAUGUUGGUCACGAAAAUGUCGAUGGCAAAGAGUUGAGAACCAGGGAAUAG